UAUUAUUAUAUUAUAAGAGAAAAAGAAGUGAGUGAGAAGAGAGAGAGAAAGAGAGAGAUGGAGAAUUAUUUGAUUCCUGGGUUUAGGUUUUACCCAACUGAAGAAGAGUUGAUUUCAUUCUAUUUGCAACACAAGCUUGAAGACGAUGGAGACGAUGAUUUGAAACAAGCGAUGGAUCAAAUCAUACCUAUUUUGGAUAUUUAUAAUUUCAAUCCUUGGGAUCUUCCACAGUAUGCUGGGGAAGUGUGUCGGAGAGAUGAAGAGCAAUGGUUUUAUUUCAUACCAAGGCAAGAGAGUGAAGCAAGGGGAGGAAGACCAAAGAGAUUAACAAGCACUGGAUAUUGGAAAGCAACAGGUUCUCCAAGCCAUGUUUACUGUUCAAACAACAAAAGCAUUGGAGUUAAAAGAACAAUGGUUUUCUACAAUGGAAGAGCUCCAAAUGGAACCAAAACUGAAUGGAAGAUGAAUGAAUAUAAAGCCAUUGCUCAUCAUCGUUUCAUCAACGAUAAUCAACCCGAACAUCACUCAGCCUCUAAUCCUAAUCCUUCUUCUUCUUGUACCACUCCUACCAUCCGAAUGAGACAAAAGUUCAGUUUAUGUAGAAUCUAUAAGAAAUCCAAAACUUUACGAUCAUUUGAUCGACGACCACCACCUUGUGAACCGAGGAUGGUUCAGUUCGCUGUAAGCACUCAAGCAGCGACGAUUGAGCCACCUAACUUCCCCAAUGAGCCUAACCUGACUUCAACUACUGCUCCAUUAAUAACAACAAUAAGCUCACCAGAUAGCUCUUCUUUGAGAGACCGAGUCGACAAGUCUUCCCAAACUACAACCGGAGAGACUAAUAUUAAUAAUGAGGUGAACAUUGUAGUGCCUAUGGAGGCUGCUUAUGAGCCGAUGUGGGAUUGGGAGCAGUUGAAUUUGUUCUGAAAAAAAUGAAAAUUGGAAAAUGGUAUUGUAGUAUGGUUUUAUAUAAGCAUAUUAAAAAUAACAUAAUAAAGUAGCUGUUGAAGCAAAUACAUUUUCAAUUUAGAAUUGUGUGUUUUCUAU